AUGUCAGAGUUUAGUAAGUACAGCUUGCCUGAAAAGGGACAUCGUCGCCUGGCCACCGAAGGAAGGGCCGCCGGGACCUUUGCUCGGGCGGAGCUCAUUGGCCUUGUGAUCUUCUGCGUCGGCAUUUACGCUGAAGUGGAAAGACAGAAGCACCGGACCUUGGAGGGGCUGUUCCUUGCUCCAGCCGUGAUUCUCCUCCUCCUGGGCUUAACCAUGUUUGCUGUUUCCUUUAUCGGGAUGGUGGGCUCCCUCCGAGACAACCGGAACAUGCUCAGAACCUUCUUCUGUGUUCUGCUGGCCAUCUUCCUCAUCGAAUUGCUGCUGCUGCUUGUGGAAAUCAUCUUCGAAAGGCAGAUGAAUGCAGUCUUCCACUCUAGCAUCCAGGACGGGAUCAGACACUAUUACGACGACUUAGACUUCAAAAAUAUUUUGGACUUUGUCCAACAAAAGUUUUCCUGCUGUGGAGGUGACGAAUUCAGGGACUGGGAUGUGAAUCCUUACCACUCGUGCAACAGCAGUGGCCCCCUGGCCUGCGGGGUGCCGUACACAUGCUGUAUCAAGCAGGCUCCAGGAGAAGUGAUGAACACGCUGUGUGGAUACCGGACUUUAAACAAAGAGCGGCUGGAACUGGUGGAUAUAAUUCAUGUGCGUGGCUGUAUCCAUGCAGUGGGCUUGUGGCUGAAAGACAACUUUGAAGCCAGUUUUGGGAUUGUUUGCUCUCUGUUGCUUCCUCAGGUGGUGGGCUUGGUGAUGGCUUGGCUCUACUGGCAGAAGCUAAACGAGAUUCAUUCCAGGCUGGACACGGUAGAUUUCAAGCGCCUAGACCUGAGGGACUUUGAUUUUGACUCUCUGGACCUCACUGGUGCUGGUUGGUGCUGGUGUUUGCCCCGGGAAGGUGGCUACAUCCCGGUCCAGGAGAAAGAUGAUGAUGCCAUGGCAGAAGUGGUGGUGGGCGAAGAUGUCUGCCAAAGCAAAGUGUGAUGUGGUUGUGUUGACGUGCACUGACCGCCUCCAAGAGACUGACAUGGUGGGUGCCUUUGCCAGACAGUGUGUGUAUAUGUGUGUGUGUGUGUUGGGCAGGGGUGUGUGUGUCUUUUUGUCUUCCUCCUCCUUAGCCUAGCAAGGAGUAGCUAUCACAAAGCGUGGUGUGUUUUGGGAAUCCUCAGGAGGAUGGGUGUGCCUGUGUGGUGGGUGUCUGUAGUGUUUAUAAUGUGGGAAGCCUUUAUUUUCUAUUUUUAGAUUUCUGCAAAUUUUUUGUAUGUGUCUUUUUAAAAUAAAAUAUGGUCUUGUCUUUA